UCUAGAGAUCUGACAAUGUUCCAGACACCUUUAGGGACAUUUUGCUUGACAGUGUUACUAAUAGGUUAUACUAACUCAGUACAGAUUCUGUAUAAUGACUUGGUGUUUAUUCUUUGUAACAAGAUUCUAGAUAUUACAAACCUAUACACAGACAACAUUCUAGUAAUUAGACCCUACUUAAGAUAUGAGAAAGCAGACAGAACAGAGGAAAUGCUUCCUGAGAAUGAGGGAAUACAGAAGUUUGUAUACAAGCAUCUAAUGAAUGUAUCCACAAUAUUUGUUAGGCAUAAGCUAACAUAUUUAGGGAGAGAGGCUGAAGAAUCACAAAUACAGAAGGUUAGGGAUUGGCUGCCUUGUAAGAGUGUUACAGAAGUGAGGGGAUUUCUCAGAACAGUAGGAGUACUUUGUGUUUUUAUUCAAAAUUAUACAAAGUUAGCACAACUACUCAAUUGA